AUGAGCAGCCUGUGUCUGCAACGGUUACAAGAGGAAAGAAAAAAAUGGCGGAAGGACCAUCCGUUUGGGUUCUUUGCCAAACCAUGUAAGAAGCCCGAUGGUACGAUGAACUUACAAAAAUGGGAAGCUGGCAUUCCGGGGAGAGAUGGUACUUUAUGGAAAGAUGGUGUUUUCCCAGUUACCAUUGAAUACCCCGACGAUUAUCCUUCUAAACCGCCAAAGGUCAAAUUUCCAGCAGGUUUCUACCAUCCUAACAUAUACCCAAGCGGUACGGUUUGUUUAAGUAUCUUGAAUGAGGACCAGGAUUGGAGACCGGCCAUCACGCUAAAGCAAAUCGCCCUUGGUAUCCAGGACCUUCUAGACUCUCCCAAUCCAGAUUCGCCGGCUCAGGAACCAGCUUGGAGAGCGUUUUCCAAGAAUAAGAAGGAAUACGAAAGGAAUGUGAUAGAGCAGGCUAAGAAGUAUACCAAGUAA